AGUUAAUUGGGAGAUGUGCUGUGCCAGUGGCCACCAGCCACAGGGGUGGUUUGCUCAUGCCCAAAGCCUGGCUGUCCUGCUCCCACGUGUCAUGUUGUCCAGCCUGUUCUCAGAGCACGGCCUGGGAGAGCCUUGUCUGAGUCAUGGCAUUUCUGACUGUGGGGGUCUCUUGGCUGCAGGUAUAUCACAGCUGCCCAUGAGGGGGUGCAUGGCAAGCAGCCAUGAGUCACAUCCCUGAGGAGAUCCCAACCCCUCACUCCCUUCCCCAGUGCAUGGUGAUGCAGUGACUGGAGCCAGGGUGAUUGGGGCCAGGAUCUCUGAGCACCCAGCAAGGAGCAGGAAACACUGCUAAGCCACUGUGACAAGCACUGCAGCCAGCAGCUUGGCUGCAGCAGGCCGGAGCUGAGAGAAUGAAGGAAAGUGGCUGUCAUGGGCCACUGACCUUUCCACUGAGCUCUCAGUUAUUCCACCCAAAGGUUUGCGCUUUUUUCCAAAACCUCCCUGAGCCCAGCUGUGUUUGAGCUGCAAACAGGGCCCAUGUGGUGCCUCUGUGGCUUGGCCCAAUUAUAACCCAGUCCUCAGCACCUGAGGUUUUUUAGGGCUUAUCUGUUCCCCUGCCAAGCAAGAACAGCAGAGUCUGAUAGGAGAUUUAGGAGGAUAAAAAGACAGGUGAAGGAAAUGGAAAGCUCAGCUGUCUGGAAUGUAGCCAACACAGAAACCCAGGACUAUGGACCACAGUAAACUUAAAGCACAGCAUCUCUGUUUGCAAAGUCCAAACACAGUACUUAGCAGGAGCUUGUGCCUGCCAAACCAAACUUAAAUUGGUGACCUCCUGUCUGGCAGCUUUAGUUUGGAAACUUGACCCCCUCCCACUAAAAGCCCAGGCAAGAGUAACCCAUGCUGCAGUCUGCUCCCCAGAACUGUUUGAGUUGGGGCACCCUGUUUUACUGGUAAAAAAAUAAAUCCAUCCAUGUGGGUUGACAUCCUUCCAUCCUGCUCUGCUCAUCUUUUGGGACAGUGAAUGGUCUUUGGCCUAAGGUUUUGUUUCCCAAUACUGUCACAGCCAGCCAGCAGUAAGCCACGGCUACCCACUGUGCAUCCUCAGGAAUGUGGCAUAGAUGGAAGCAUUGGUGCUCUGUCCUGCACAGGCCCCAGGGAGCUGCUCCAGGCACAGGUAACUAGUACAGGUGCCUAGUGCCUAUAGCUCUGCAGCCUGGUCAGCUUCCUGCCUGCCCUUGCAACAGGCAAGGCUCACCUGCUUCCCUGCUCCAGCUGGGAAGAUGCCCCUGUGUCACACAAGAGCUCCCAGGGGGCUGGAGGUGGGGAUCCAGGGGAGGAAAAGGAAGGGCCUCUGCAAACUGACCCUGUAUGACAACUGCCCUGUAUAGAAGGACAGGGAGGUGACAACCUGCUGCCUUUGCACUCAUCCGUUUGGGUUUUUCCUCCAGCCCUGCGUGCUCCUCCUUUACUGUUUCAGUCAGCUGCUCUCAGUCCUGGGCUGUCCUGCUCAUCUUUCUCCAUUUAUCUAGGCCCACUCCAGUCUGGUAGCUCAUGUGUUUUUUAAACGUGUGUGUGUCUUUGCUUUUUUAAACUCUGCAAGGGUAAUUAAGACAUUCGAACCUUUGAGCAGUCUCUCUAUGGAGACACACCCCAUCAUGGAUAGCCCAUCUCAAACAGCAUCUCUUUUCCCAGGGGUGGGCCAACUGCAGUGGGAAGAACCUUCAGCAUGCUCCAAGUUCCCUUCCAAGAAACAUCACCAGUUUGGACCUCUCCUUCAACUCCUUGGUCAUGCCCCAUCACAGGACUCUUUUGAAGCACUUCCCUUCCCUGCAGUCUCUCAACCUGUCCAGCAAUGCCAAGCUCACGCUGAGCCCAGCAGUCUUCUCCAACCUCGGGGCGCUGCGUCUGCUGGACCUGAGCAGCUGCAGCAUCACCCACAUCCACAUGGACACUUUCAAGGGCCUGGGCAACUUGCACACCCUGCUUCUAAGAAACAACAGCUUACAAGAGUUUGAUGUCCCUUUCCUUUUGCCGCUGAAGGCUCUUUUCCACCUGGACCUGCAGCACAACGCACUGGUCUCUGUGGACCCUUGGAGCCUGCAGCUGUUGGAGACAGUCCCACAGGUCCUUCUGGAAGGGAACCCCUGGGCCUGCGACUGCAGCGCGCACCCUCUGCAGCAGUGGCUGCGGCGCAGGAGAGCUGUGCAGGUGACCUGCGUGUCCCCCCCGGGGCUGAGGGGCCAGGAGAUCGCAGCUCUGGAUUCUCAGGACCUGGGCUGCCAGGUUAAGCAGCGGUUUGCUCGUGAGCUCACCACACCACAGAAUAUCACAGUGACUGAGAACAACAGCACUGCACUGCCUGCCGGGAAGGGGGGAAGGAGCUGGCCAUACCUGGUGGGAUUCCUGGUGACAGCAAUUGGCAUCUCCAUCCUCAUUGCACUGGCUGCCAAGUGCAAGCUUGCCCACAAGAACUUCGCCAGCUACCGCCACCGGCCGCUGCCUGAAAUCAGCUCCAUCGGACGCAGCCCCAUGGAGGAUAGCAGCAGCUGGGACAGGGGCUCCUGUGGGAGCCAUUCCAUAACUGAUGCUGCUGACCUGCAAGCUGAGGAUGAUGAUGGCUUCAUCGAGGACAACUACAUUCAGCCCAGUGAGCAGCUGCCAACAAAAGAGGAGCGGGAGUUGCAUCGCUCCAUCUGAGCUUACAAGCUUACAGCUUAGCCACCACUGCUGCGGCCUCUUGCUGUCUCCCUAGCUCCACCCCUUUCCUACCUGUCCUUGGCUUUGGGCCCCACGUGUUUGGGGCAGGAGGAAGGGAGCAGAGAGGAGAGGAGAGAGGGAUGGACUAGGAAUGAUGAUGGAGACUGAAAGCAGCUGGUCCCAGAGUGUCCCAGCAUGACACCAGUAGGCUGCACUGUCACAGGGACACCAAACCAGGUGCUGCUUUCCCAGCCUUGCUCAGAUGCUGAGGAUAAAGAAGGUGGUGCCUACUGUGUUCAGGAAGCCAGGUGAAGUGGGAAGAGGAUCCUGCCCGGGUGCUGCCAUGGGGUCUUGGGCACUGGCCCCACUGCCCCAUGGUGCCAGACUCAGCCCUGCUCUGUCCCUCAAUGCAUUGUUACUCUGAGGUGUGAUUAAAGCAUG